AUGUCAACAGCCAUGCGAAUAGUCUUUACUAUGCUUGUAUUACUCGCGGUGGGCGAGGCUGCUAAUGUGUAUCAAACCUUAUACAUCGAUAAGAUUCUUCCUUACCCAGAAUCGAGUAAACCGGUUAUUUCGGCUAAUUCUAGUUUUCCUGGGCCGUUAAUAGAAGCCUAUCAUGGGGACACUCUUGUUAUAAAAGUGAUUAAUCGAUUAAGUGUUGCAACAACCAUGCAUUGGCAUGGGUUAUAUCAAAUAGGUACUCCUGAUAUGGACGGUGCAGUUGGUGCAACGCAAUGUGCGAUUCCACCUGGUGGAAAUUUCACAUAUAUAUUCAAAGCUGAUCCUCCUGGUACCGCUUGGUAUCAUGGUCAUAUGUUUGAACAGUAUACAGACGGUUUAUUCGGACCAUUAAUUAUUCGACGACAAGUCGAACCAAAUCAUGAACAAUAUGACACGGAACAAUUAUUCGUGAUAUCAGAUUGGUACAAUUAUCCCGCACGUGGAAAAUUAACAAAUUGGUACUUAAGUUCAAGCAAUCCCGAUGGUAUCGAGCCAUUACCAGAUGCUACUGUUGUCAAUGGAAAAUUUACUAAAUCAUUAUUUAUAUCAGCAUCUCGCUCAUCGAGGAUUCGAUUUAGAGUGAUUAAUGCUGCGUCUUUGUCUAUGUACAAAAUUUCGAUUGACGGUUUGCCAUUACACGUGAUUGAACUUGAUCAACAGGACACUGUCCCGUACAACGUUAGUUCAUUUGCUCUUAAUGUGGCACAACGUGUUUCUUUUUACAUUGAUCUCAGAGAAUUAGAUUCGAUGUAUGGUCCAUCGAGUUUUUCAUCGACAAAUUCAAUCUUUAUUCGAAUUGAGGCAAUGACUGAUAUGUAUCCUGUCGACAUAUUGAACUACGUCGCUCCAUAUGCCACUCAACGUUAUGCACAUCCUACAUUCUUCAACCCCUUGUAUCUAGCCAUAUUAUCACUUGAUUCAACCAAUUCCAUGCCGAUUUAUGAACCCCGAGAUCCAACUCCAAUACUUUCAAUGGCAAAUCUUCCUUCAGACACCAAUAUGUUAGCUGCUCGACCAUUCAAUCAAUCUAAUUACGUGAUUCCCAAUGCUACACAUUACGUGAAUCUUGUAGCUAAAUUUGCUUUGGAUGAUACUGGAAUCAAUCGCGGAUAUAUUAAUGAUGCUACAUACGCUUUCCUAGGAAACUACACAAGAGUAAAACCGACUUUAAUUGUAGGAAUCAAACCAGUGAAAAAAGAGCCGCUACUUCAUCAAAUGGCAACUCGGCCCAAUACACUUGAUUUACCUUCACCUCGUAUCCAACCGGGAAGUCCAUUGCCAACGAUUCAAAAUAAUGGAUACGGAAAUUAUCUAAUUCCAUACGGAGCUGUUGUCGAUAUUUUUUUAAACAACACAGACGGUGGUGAACAUCCGUUUCACUUACAUGGUUCUAGUUUUUGGGUUAUAUCAACAUCUGAAUAUCCAACGGCUGAGAAUUUAUAUAGUCGAGCUUAUAUCAAACGAGAUGUAGUGAGUGUACCAGCUGUUGGAUGGGCUAAAAUACGAUUCGUAGCUGAUAAUCCAGGUGCUUGGAUGUUUCAUUGCCAUAUCGAAUGGCAUAUGGCUGCAGGGCUCAUGCUUACUUUCAUCGUUUCGCCUAACCAGUUGUUGGCUCAAGGUUACACGAUUUCAAAUAGCCAAAUUGAUUUGUGCAAUGCUGCAUAA